AAAAGGGAAGGAUGAGGAUGAAAACGACCGAAGACGAUUUUAUAGAGUGGUUGUGUCAUUCAGUUCUCAGGUGUCUCUCUCCCACCUCCCACUCUUCCCUUCCCUUCCUUUGGAUUAAAAAUGGAGGACAACGCUUAAUCAUUAUCUGUCAAAGAAACUAAAAAGCAAGCGAUUGGCUUUGCUUUGCACCUCUAAUCUCGGGUUCCUCACUUUUACUCUUUGAUUGUUUUUGUUUAGGGAUUUGGGGUUCCAUUUCUUUGUGUAAUUGAAGACUUAAUACAACGCAAUGAGAAGUGGAAGAAUUCAGAGCUCUGCUUCCUGUUCAGCAUCAUCUUCUUCCACAUUCCCUCAUCCUCCAUGCCUCACCUCUGCUUCUCGCCGUUGCAAGUUCCCUCGUCUGUUGUCGCCUCGAGCUCUUUCUCUCUCUCAAAGGGUGUCUGGAAAUUGCCUAGUGCCCGAGACGACUCAGUUCUCAUUUUCUAAACAGUCUAAUAUCAUUAUCAAUAAGAAACAUUUGUUUCACGAGGGAGUGGGAGCUUUGGAGACUUCAAACACUCAAGCUGUCUCCACUGGGCCUCUUAUUGGCGAGGAAAAGAUUGGAGUCUUGUUGUUGAACCUUGGAGGUCCCGAGACCCUUGACGAUGUGCAGCCCUUCUUGUUUAACCUUUUCGCCGACCCGGAUAUUAUACGGCUACCAAGGUUGUUUCGUUUUUUGCAAAGGCCCUUGGCAAAGUUUAUAUCUGUUCUUAGAGCACCAAAGAGCAAGGAAGGCUGUGCUUCAAUUGGUGGUGGUUCUCCUCUUCGACGAAUAACUGAUGCUCAGGCUGAAGAGUUAAGAAAUUCACUAUGGGAAAAGAAUGUCCCUGCUAAAGUAUAUGUUGGUAUGCGUUAUUGGCAUCCAUUCACUGAAGAAGCAAUUGAGCAGGUGGUAAUAUUUUUUAGCGCGCAUGGGGUGCCACUUGCAUAUGUAGAAGAGGCAGGUGAUCCUUACAAGGCAGAGACGGAAGAAUGUGUGGACUUGAUAAUGGGGGAAUUAGAGAAGAGGAAGAUCAUAAAUGCAAACACUCUUGCUUAUCAGAGCAGAGUUGGGCCUGUGGAAUGGUUGAAGCCCUACACUGAUGAGACAAUAAUUGACCUAGGGCGAAAAGGAGUUAAAAGUCUUCUGGCCGUACCAAUUAGCUUUGUAAGCGAGCAUAUUGAAACUCUUGAAGAGAUUGAUGUCGAGUAUAAAGAAUUGGCUUUAGAAUCCGGUAUACAAAUUGGGGCCGUGUUCCUGCAUUAGGAUGUGAAGCAAUGUUCAUUUCAGACUUGGCAGAUGCUGUAAUUGAGAGUCUUCCAUAUGUGGGAGCUAUGGCAGUUUCAAAUCUUGAAGCUAGACAGUCAUUAGUUCCCCUGGGCAGUGUGGAGGAGUUAUUGGCAACUUAUGAUUCACAACGAAGGGAGCUCCCACCACCUGUGACAGUUUGGGAAUGGGGUUGGACGAAAAGUGCUGAAACUUGGAAUGGCAGAGCAGCCAUGCUGGCAGUGCUUGUGCUGUUGCUACUAGAGGUCUCAACCGGAGAGGGAUUUCUGCAUCAGUGGGGGAUAUUGCCCUUGUUCCGCUAAAUCCGACACUCUAGUAAUGAAGAUAAGUGUAAAUUUUGAUAUGAUAAGCAGCAACUUAUAUACAUUGUAUUAGAGAAUAUGUUCAUAGGUAAAAUACGUGGGAAUUGGGUGUCGAGAUUCAAUGCAUUAAUCACCCACUGAUUCAGGGAAUAGUUUUCAAACACAAUAAGCUCUGCCUGCAAAUUUAUUUGUGGGUGAAAACUGAAAAGGGAAUGUGUUUCAUAAUA